AACGUGACAAGAAAUAUUGCUGACUGAUAAAAAAAAACUAUUCGAACCUUAUUUCACUUUGGAAGCGAUGAUUAACAGGCAUGGGGUUCGAACAAAUUUGUAGAACUCAAUUUUGGAAUUCAAGUAUUUCCUGGGACACAGAAGAUCCAAGUGUCAGCAAAUGUUUCCAAAAUCUGAUAUUAGUUAUAGCUUCUUGUGCUGUUCUUUGGGUUGUCGCUCCUUUUGAGUUUAUAAAGAUCUGCAAAACACGAAUUAAUCCAUCCCCAUGGACAUGCCAUUCAAUAACCAAGAUGGUUCUAAAAGUGGCUCUUUUGCUAGUUUGCACUUUGGACUUCUCUAUAGCUCUUUAUUUGUAUAUAAAUAACCCUGAAGGUGGAUUAGAUGGCAUAAUCAGAACUUCAUCCUAUUUCAUUACCAUAGUGUUAACUGUUAUUAUUACCUUGAUGUGUAAAAACAGAGGGAUGCGAGUUUCUUUAGCUUUGCCUUCAUUUUGGAUGAUUUCAACUAUCACAACUCUAAUAAGCAUUUAUAGUGAUAUACAUGUCUUAGAUUCCGAGAUCUGGACAUCUGUGGUCAGCUUGGUCGAUGAUAGUUUAUCAUUCACUAUUUCUCUAAUCCAGUUAAUUCUAUCGACAAUUCCUGAUCGAGCAGCUCAUCCACGUGCAGGAGAACAUAGGGAUAAUUGUCCAUUGGAAGGUUCACCUCUUCAGUCUCGUUUAUCCUUCAGUUGGAUCAUAGGCCUUUUAAGAAAAAGCGAAGAAAACUCUUUACACCAAGAUCAUUUGAUACCCUUAUGUUCAGAACAGAAGAGUGCAUCAGUUGCAUCGCAGUUUAAGAAAAUGGACAGCUCAUACUCAAGCUUGCAAAGAACCCAAUUUCAAGGAGAAAACAUGAAACAACUCAAUACAAAAUCGUUAUUUGGCCUCUUACUAAAAAUGUCACAAAAACAUAUAAUAAUCGCAUCAAUUAUGGAAGUGAUUUUUAUUAUUACAUAUUAUCUACCAGUAUUUAUAUUGAGUGUCAUUUUAGAUGAAAAUUCUAAGGAAAAGAAAUGGCACAACUACGUAUAUUCCAUAGGUCUUUUUCUUGCCAUAUUAUUCUCUUCUCUCAGUAAUUCUCAAAGAAAAUAUUUUGGACUUACAGGAGCAUUGCGAAUUAAAACUACUGUUGUAAAUGCGGUCUUCGCAAAGGCUCUCAAAGUUUCUGAAAUGCCUCAAAAGAUCAAGAAUCUAAUUACAGUAGAUGCAGAUAACAUUUUUCAGGGCAUCUUCAUUAUGAGUGACUUGUGGGGCUCUCCAAUACGUUUAGUAUUGGGUAUCUAUAUUUUAUGGGUUUUCGUUGGAGCUUCGUGUUUUAUAGGUGUUUUAACAGCUUUCUGUCUGAUACCCAUAAACAUCAUUGUUGAACAUUGUAGUUUAAUUUAUCAGAAAAAAGCAAAUGAUAAAAAACAUGAAAUGAUUGAAGUGUUGUCCGAAUGCAUUCGAGGAAUGAAAAUUCUAAAAAUGUAUGCUUGGGAAGAAUUCUUUCUUGAAAAAAUCAUUAAACUUCGAAGAGAGGAAAUUGGAAAGUUUCGAAAAACAACUGGCUUAAGACUUGCGUUUAAGUUUCUCUUUCUCUCUUCAACGUCAAUGGUGUCUCUGGCCACAAUAACUGCUUACGUUUUGAUGGAAGAUAAUGCUAAUGUGAAGACAAUAUUUCUCUCUUAUUUCAUAAUUUAUCUAUUAAAAUCUCCUUUCCAAAGUCUCUUACAUCUUUUCGCUUAUUUUGUUGAGGAUAGAAUUGAAUUUGUAACUCAAGAUUCUUGGAUACAGAGUAUGUCUUUGGAAAAGAACAUCUUAUUUUUGAAAGAGAAAAACAAUGAUUUCUAUCAAAAAACGUUAGAAGCAUGUGCUUUAAUGAAUGAUAUUGAAAGUUUACCCGCUGGGGACGAAACAGAAGUUGGCCAAAAAGGUGUUCAUUUAAGCAUGGAACAGAGAAUAAAAAUAGAUAUUGCUCGAGCUAUUUACCAAGAUGCUGAUUUGUAUAUUUUUGAUCAUCCUUUUAAAAAUAUAGAUGGUUUUUUGUCUGAACAUCUUUAUCAUAGAGUUGUUGGAAGAAGUGGAGUUUUAAAAGAGAAGGCAAGAAUAUUUUUGACAGAAUCGGAGGAAUUUUUGCCUCUCGUUGAUAGCAUACUGUUUCUGAAAGAUGGUCGUUUGGUAGAACAAGGAUCUCAUUUACAACUAAAGGAAAAAAAUGGUUUCUUUGCAGAAUAUAUGAAACGAAUUCAUUCGAAUUCAAUAAAAGAACGCAAGCCAUUAGACGUGCAACGAAAUUCUACGGAAGAUCAAAUAGAAUUUGGAAGAUUGAAUGAUGUGUGGUGUGCUGCAGCUGUAAUACCAGCAAAAAUAGAAAUGCAACAUGCUCUUACAAAUGAAGGAUCUCAUACAUCAAAAGUAGGUGUUGUACUUCUUUUCUACCAGUAA